AUGGCAUGUACAGACAAUCGUGUGCAAACAAUUAAUGAACUUGUCAGUGGAUGCCAAAUUAUUAAAAUGUACAAUUGGGAAAAAGCCAUGGAGAAACGAGUACGUGAAACACGCCGACAUGAGCUUUCGAAUAUUUACAAAGCAAGCUGUUUGAGAGCUCUUAAUAUUGCUCUCUCUUUCUCAGCGUUACCUUUGAUUUGUCUUGCUACAUUCGGUGGUAGUUGGCUAAUGGGCCGAACUUUGCUUCCAGAAAAUAUUUUCGCAACACUAGCCUUCUUUGCUAUGGUACGAAUUCCCGUAACAUUUACGCUGCCGGGUGACUUAGUUGGAGUUAAAGGUGCCAUCGGUACUGGUAAGUCAACCUUACUGGCUGCUAUUCUCGGUGUCAAUUUGAGUGGAGGACAAAAAGCUCGAAUAUCCCUUGCUCGUUGUCUUUACGCUGAUGCUGACUUAUAUUUACUUGAUGAUCCAUUUGCUGCUGUUGAUCCAAAGGUGGCAAAGAAAAUAUUUGAUCAAUGCAUUGGCCCUCGUAGUCUUCUUCGUGGAAAGACUCGCAUAUUGGUUACACAUCAGACGCAUUUCUUAGUUGAAGCAGAUCAAAUGAUGGCCUUGACGGAUGGUCACAUCGAUGAAUUACAUAUUGAACAACGGUCUACAACUGAGCCCUCGAAUGAUACAUCAGAAGCAGAUUCAUAUAAUGACAAGCAGAUGGAUUGGACACUAAACACUGCUACAACUGAUAUGAAUUCAAUUGUAAAGAAUGAGAUAUCAUUUGACGGUGCCAUCAAAUGGAGUGUUUGGCUAACACUGUUUACUUCACCACCUUUACGUUGGUUUGGUUUUCUUCUUUUGAUAUUUUUUAUGCUUGGCAAUGAAGUACUGUACGACUUUACAAAUAGUUGGCUUGCUCUAUGGUCUAGUAAAGAUAAAACUGAACAACGAUCAUCAUUUUAUGCUCACAUUUAUCUUGGAGUUAUAAUUGCUACAUUGUUCAUUGCAUUAAUACGAGUUGGAUUUAGCUUCUAUAUCAUGUUGCGUGGUUCAACUUAUCUUCACAAUAGAAUGCUUAAAGGUAUCUUGUAUACUUCGUUACGUUUCUUCGAAAGUAAUCCAAGUGGACGAAUAUUGAAUCGAGCAAGCAAAGAUCAGCAAGUAAUCGAUACUAAUUCACGAGCUUACUUCAUUCUCUUUACCGCUGCGCGUUGGUUCGGUUUACGACUCGAUCUUAUCACAUCCUUACUCACUUUGGUUACUGCUAUUCUUGCAGUAGCAUUGCGCCAUCAAAUGGAUCCAUCAGCGGCAGCUCUCAGUAUUAGUUAUUGUAUUAGUUUAACAGGUCUAUUUCAAUGGGCUAUACGACAAUCAGCCGAAGCUGAAAAUUUCAUGACCAGCGCAGAACGUAUUCAUGAAUAUGGUCAACUAGUACCAGAAAGCCAUUCGAACAGUAAUAAAAGUGAUGUCCUUAUUCAACCAGCAGAUGAUUGGCCUUCUCGUGGUAUUAUCGAAUUUAAAGAUUACACUUUUCGCUAUCGACCAGAGCUCGAUCCUGUUCUAAAAAAUCUUAACCUACGAAUUGAAUCUAAAGAAAAGAUUGGAAUUAUCGGUCGGACAGGUGCCGGAAAAUCAUCACUUCUUCAAGCUCUCUUUCGACUUGUUGAUCAGUCAGCAAUCAACGGAACCAUUCUUAUCGACGACAUCGAUAUUGGACGUCUUUCACUCGAUUAUCUUCGUUCUCAUCUAAGUGUUAUUCCACAAGUACCCAUACUCUUCUGUGGAACACUUCGAUACAAUAUUGAUCCAUUUCAGCGAUACUCAGAUGAAGAAUGUGUUGCAGCACUUGAAGCUGUUCAACUCAAACAAUUGGUGCGUAGCCACCCCUAUGGCCUCCAUCUGCUGGUAGCUGAGUCUGGUGCUAAUUUGAGUGCUGGUGAACGCCAAUUGAUUUGUGUAGCUCGAGCCAUUCUAAAGAGGAGCCAUAUAUUGCUGAUUGAUGAGGCUACAGCAAAUGUUGAUCAUGCCACUGACAGGAUGAUUCAAGAGGUGAUUGCUGAUAAGUUUGGUGAUCGUACCAUAUUAACGAUUGCACAUCGAUUGAAUACAGUGGCUAAUAGUGAUCGCAUUCUUAUGUUACAACAGGGAGAAGUUGCCUACUUCGAUGUGCCUAAUAAUAUUAAUCUAACUUAA